CAGUGAGCGACAUUCCGGCUAUAUAAAUGUGCAGCGGUGGCGACUGACUUUAAUUACUUGUCAGGGUGGAUGAACAUUGUCAAGAGAGCAUAACAACAAAACUAUACGUUUUAAUACCGAGCAUCUUACAGGGACCGCUUUGUGCUACUGGAUAUUUUGUGCUACUGUGCUAUAUUACGAGUUGAUCGGAACAAUUUGCAUUCUUGUGGGUCAAGAUCUACUUUUUCUGGAUUAAAUCAAGUAGGAUGGAAAUGAAGGCGUUCAUUUGUUUUGGAUUGUUUUUUUCUUCAGUAUUUCUCUCUGAAGAAGUUUCAGGUAACGCAUACUUUCCAAGGGCGCAGGACGUUACCUGGUCGUCCUAUAACUUCAAGACAUUACUUACAUGGGGACCAAAACCCACCAACUACUCUUACACUGUUGAAUUCUCUGGAGUCGGCACAGACAGACAGAGGAAUCCGCAUUGCAUCAGGAGCAAGGAGACCGAGUGCGAUCUGACUCGCAUGCUGACAGACCUGAAGGAGACAUACAUCGCGGAUGUCCUCUCAGAACCUGAGCUGGGCAAGACCUCUGACCUGGUGGAGCAGCCCCACACCAGCUCUGGAAGGUUCUGCCCGUACAAAGACACCGUGAUAGGACGCCCUGACUUCAAGAUGGAGGUAAAUGAAGAGAAGGGCAAGAUCACACUCUACAUCGAGGACCCUCUCUCUGCCAUUUACCAAGGGGACACCUUGCUGAGCAUGCGUGACAUCUUCAAGAAUGAUCUGAAAUACAGAGUCACCUACAGGAAAGCUGGGAGCACUGGAAAAAAGCUGCAGACGACAGACACAAACCAGAUUGAGUUGGAUGUGGACCGAGGGGAGAGCUACUGCUUCAAUGUGCAGGCCUACAUCCCGUCCCGGAGCUCGGGCAAGCAACUUGGGGAAAUGAGCCGCCCGCAGUGUUCGCCCAAGAAGAACAAGUCCAUUUUCGAAGAGUACGGGCUGGGCGUGAUUGCUGGCGCCGCCCUCGCCAUCACGGUCAUCGUCACGGUGGCCAUCGCGCUGAUCGUGGUCUGCUGCAGACGGGGGAGGAAAGUGACUGAGAAGACAGGCAAAGAGGGCCUGUCCCUGAGCACGGUGUAGGAGAGCGACCGGAGGACAGCGACAGGGGGGAGCGGUCCAACCGUGGUCCAACCACAUUCUCUGCCCCCGCCCCAUCCAAACACUGGAAAUCCUUCCUCAUUUGGUUUCUGUGAAACCUGAACUUCGUGCUGUGUUUUAUACACACACAUCUGCCUACCUGUAGUGACUGUGAGGCAUUUUUUAAUGGUACUUUUACCAGAGAGCUAAAG